AUGUCUAUACUAGAAAAUCAAGAAAUAAGUAAUAUAGCACAAAAGGUUCCUAUUCCAGUUGAUUUACCUAAUACUAGAGAAACUUGCUAUGAUUAUCGAUUAUAUUUUAAAAAAAGCUAUUAG